GUGAAAAUGUCAGACAGGGGAAAGAAAGAUCAGACGCCUCCUCCGUUGCUGCUGAUGCCAGCAAGUGGAGGGCUCACUCUAAAUGCAUCAGCUCCAAACGUUUUGAUGCCGGUUGUACAAGCGGAGGCAUCGCUAUUUGAGCCAGAAGAUGAAGGAGAAGUGGAUAGUUUCCUGGGACAGUCCCCUCCUAUGCAACAGUCAACAGGCCAACCCUCAACAUAUAAUUAUUUCCAGCAGUCAGCUGGUAAUGACCCAUUUGCUCAGGUGGGGCAAUCAGCAGACCCCUUCAAACACCCAGCAUCAGUAUCUACUCACUCCUUUACUGAACAGCCAGCCACUGGAUCAGCACAGAUACCUGUCACAGGGACAGGGGGUCCUCCUAGUGUACCUGGUCCUCCAACUACAGGUUCUGGGACAAAUAUGUAUCGUCAACAGGGCCAGAAACUAAGAUAUGCUCAACCUCCGCCUGGCACGUAUGCCAGUACACAGCAAAGUUUUCAGUCACCCCCAGGCCCCGGCCAGUACUUCCAGCCUCAGAUGGGGCCUCCGUCAGCAAUGGGGCCACCCACUGCGGUAGUACCACCCACUUCCAUAGGCCCUGGUUCAUUUGGCGCUUCAGCUCCUCCCCCAUUGGGCACUGAGCUUCCCCCGCCACGCCGAGAGUCUGGCACUGGCUCAGGCAUGUACCACCCAGUCCAACAUCACUGGUGCUACAGCAAACAAGUGGAGAAUAAGGAAAUCUGGUUUCCCUUCACUCUGAUGGACUCUAUACGACUUGAAGAAGCCUUUCAGUCACAACAAGACAAUAUUGUGGCCACUGACGGAGGUCGUUAUGAUGUAAACUUAGCCACGCGUCAGAGGAUGGCUAUAUACUGGGAGGAACUGCCAACAGCUGUGAUGCGAUGUUCCUGGUUCUACAAGAGAGAGGGAGACAGCAAAUAUGUGCCCUACUCAGAAGAGUUUGCAGGAAGACUUGAGGAGGAGUAUAAAAACGCUCUCAUGAACAAUGUAUGGCAUAAGAGGCUGGAGUUCCCUGAUGGAGAGACAAUAGUGAUGCACAACCCCAAUGUGAUAGUACACUUCCAGCCAUCCUCCCAACCUGAUGAGUGGGGCAAUGUUCAGGUAAAUAGUGUGUACACUUUGCCGGGCGACCAGAUGAGGCCACGAGUUGUGAAGAGAGGGGUGGAUGAUUUUGCUACAAUACAGGAUGGUGAACCUCCCACGAUUGAUCAUCUGGUGUUUGUGGUACAUGGUAUAGGCCCUGGCUGUGAUAUGAGGUUCAGGAGUAUUGUUGAAUGUGUUGAUGACUUCAGAGCACUCUCUCUAACACUGCUCACCACACACUUUGCUCAGUACAUGAGUGAAGGUAGGAUUGGCCGGGUGGAGUUCCUACCUGUUCAUUGGCACAAAGCUCUACAUGGUGAUGCCACAGGAGUUGACCAAAGGCUGAAAGCUAUAACCCUUCCAAGUACGGGUAAAUUGAGGCACUUUGUGAAUGACACCUUACUCGACAUACUCUUCUACACCAGCCCCACAUACUGCCAGACAAUUUCUGAUACUGUUGGCAAGGAGAUGAACCGUCUAUUGCUACUUUUUCGAGAGAGGAAUCCAACCUUCAAGGGGACUGUGUCAGUGUCUGGCCACAGCCUGGGUUCUUGUAUUCUGUUUGACCUGCUUCAGCAUCAGAAGGAUGAGAAAGCUACACUGUUACCAGAACCCAUUCCUCCCCCUCAGGAUGUGCCGAAAACAGAUUCUACUACAGAGGUGGCAGCUCAGAGUUUUGAUGAGCCUUUAGAACCUGAGAUGACAUUAGAGGAGCUGUUAGAGAAAGUGGGAUUACAGGAUAAAUUUCAACUAUUCCAGGAUGAACAAAUUGACAUGGAAUCAUUGGUCAUGUGUAGUGACUCAGAUCUGAAAGACUUGGGCUUACCUAUGGGCCCCAGGAAAAAACUCACUGGUAUUCUGAGAGAAGAACAACAGAAAAAGGCAUGGCGGAAGGAAGUGGCAGAGAGGAAGCUGGCUGAGGAGAAAAGGAGACAGGAGGAGGAGGAGGCCAGAAGGAAAGCGCAAGAGGAGGCUUUUGCUCAGCAACAGUCUUCUGAGGAUCAGUUACUAGAGAGCACAUCACGAACAUCAAGUGUCUCAGUGGAGUAUCUCUAUGGCACCGCGGGCACUGGCCAGCCAUUUGUGUUAUAUCCUAAACUGUCUUUCUCACCAGCAGCAUUCUUUGCCUUGGGAUCUCCCAUUGGAGUGUUUCUAGCUAUACGAGGCAUAGCUGAAAUUGGAGAGGAAUUUAGACUGCCAACUUGCCCAAGAUUGUUAAAUAUAUUUCAUCCUUUUGAUCCUGUGGCCUACAGAUUAGAGCCUCUGGUAAACCCUUCCUCCUCUACAGUUAAGCCAGUGCUGAUGCCUCAUCACAAAGGCAGAAAGAGACUUCACCUGGAACUUCGUGAAAGUUUGACUCGAGUCGGAGCUGACCUAAAGCAGCGUAUUGUGGAGAGCGUGAAGAGCACCUGGCACACCAUCCACGAGUUUGCAAUGGCCCAUCGUGGUGCUGAGAAGAACGUUGAGGAAGAGGUGGACAAUGUGCUGAAGGAAAUGGCCAAGGCUGAGGAGGAAAAGGCAGAGACGGCUUCUAUAGCUUCCAGCCAUGAUGAAGACAUCAGUAUGGGAGUUUUAAACGAGGGCAAGAGAAUUGACUAUGUCCUACAGGAGAAGCCCAUUGAGAGUUUUAAUGAUUACCUAUUUGCCCUUGCAAGUCAUGCGUGCUAUUGGGAAUCUGAAGACACAGUGCUAAUGGUUCUGAAGGAGAUCUACGCGCCCUAUGGUAUCAGCCCAUUCAUGCCCGGCCCUGAUGGCAACAAAGGGCAGCUUGUACCACCUCCACCCACAAGUUUUCCUCGCCCGCAAACAGGACCACCUCCCCCAAUGCUGAGCCAGGUUCAACCACCCAUGACCCAGGUCAACAGUGGCUUCUCUCAGCCACCAAUGCAACCAUCACGGGGGCCUCCCCAUCCCCAGAACGCUACAGUAGGCCCACCACCUACUAGUGGCUUCGUGAGGACAAAACCACAAUAAUGGAUCUAACUACACUGGGAACCCUAUUGAAAA